CAGGAGUUGGAGAUGCUUCUAGAGGCUUACUUUGUGCAGAUUGAUGGCACUCUAAACAAAUUAUCCCAUUUGAAAGAGUAUGUGGACGAUACAGAAGAUUACAUCAACAUCAUGCUAGAUGAGAAACAGAAUCAGCUGCUACAGACGGGAGUCAUGCUCACCACCGCAACUGUUGUAGUCACUGCUGGCAUUGUGGUUGUGAGCAUAUUUGGUAUGAAUAUAGGUAUUUCGCUAUUUGAUGUUCCAACUUUUUCCCAAUUCUGGGAGACCACUUUUGGCACCAUAGGCGGCUGUAUCGUCCUAUAUGUUUUAGCCAUUGGAUUGGGCAUGAGAAGUGGACUGCUGCAAUGAUCACAAUUCUGAGUUAUAAGCAUAUAUAUAGAGCUGACAUGGAAGGUGCUUUACACUUGCAAACUUGAGACCACUUUUGACAUUGUGAUAGUAUGUUAAAGUGAAAAAACAUGGCGGGAUAAUGAUGUUUUCUGUUGUAUUUUUUGAAUCCCAUUUUGAUGGUGCUCUUUAUCUCAGCUUUAUGACUGAGGGUUCAAUUUCAAAAAAUUAAUGAAAUUAUGAUCAUCUUUUUAUGAUUUGCUAA